UCGUCUGGCGCUCGCUCGAACCUUCGCGGAAGUAGUGACGUGUACACACGAGCUAAAAGUGGCUAGAGCUAGCUAGCAGAGCCGGGUAGUGACACAGCGGCCGUCUCAGAAUGUCAGAAGGGGACAGUGUUGGAGAGUCAAUCCAUGGGAAACCAUCAGUAGUUGCUGCCUUUUUCACAGGGAUUGGACAGAUCUAUCAGUCAUGGCUAGACAAGUCAACACCGUUCUAUGCAGUGCGAUGGGCUACCACUCUACUACUUACACUUGUCUACAUGAUCAGAGUGUACAUUCUGCAGGGUUGGUAUAUAGUAACAUAUGCGUUGGGAAUUUACCAUCUCAACCUCUUCAUUGCUUUUCUAUCGCCAAAAGUGGAUCCCUCUCUGCUUGAUGAAGACGAAGGCCCCUCCCUUCCCACCAAGCAGAACGAGGAGUUCCGCCCUUUCAUCAGGAGGUUGCCUGAAUUCAAAUUCUGGCACUCGGCGACAAAAGGCAUCGUCAUCGCCAUGAUUUGCACGUUCUUUGAUGCCUUCAAUGUGCCGGUGUUCUGGCCUAUACUUGUAAUGUACUUCAUCAUGCUCUUUUGCAUCACCAUGAAGAGGCAGAUUAAGCAUAUGAUCAAGUACAGAUACCUACCCUUCACACACGGGAAGAGGACAUACAAAGGCAAGGAAGACACAGGGAAAACUUUUGCUAGUUAAGAACUCCCAAUUAUCCUUCCUCUCAUUCUGGUUAAAAAGAUAUCAGUCACAGCUUGUGGGGAGUGAUGAGGAAUCCACAUUUAAAAAUCUUUUUUGUAAGCAGGACAGAAGCAAGAAAAAAAAAACAAACAAUACCAGUUUUGAUCCAUGGUUCAGUGUUGGAUGAGAAUCCUGCGGGGAUGUAAGCAGCACAGAUUGAGUUAGAGGGGGAAUAUUGCCUUUGUUUAUUACUAUUAUUAUUUUUGGAAGAUUGCUCUGCAUUCAUUAAACAGUAGGUGAGACUCAGUGCUGCCUUUUGCCUUUUUAAUCCUUUUGGGUAAGUAUAAAAUCACAAAGAAGUACAAGAAAUUUGCAGUAAAUUGUGAUUUUUUUUUUUUUUUUAUGACUUUGAUUUCAGUACUCUUCCCUCUCCCACAUCUGCCAACUUUUGAUUAACAUAGUGUUCAUAAUUAUUUGUAAAAAGUUAUAUAUUGAAAGUUAGUAACACAAGGUUGUAGUUAGUUAUGAGGUGAAAUCUGGUGGAAACCUGUUGAAGUUGAAUCAUUGAUGAUCUGAAAUGUGCUGACUGAGUGUCUCAGGCAGUUUCCCUGAAGAUGUGUGGGGAUUAGUCACAUUGUACUUGAAUGUGCAUUCAACAUCAAUUUGAUCUCUUGAAAUAAAUCCUUCCGGCACAAAAUACCUUCAGAGUAUAUUUUACCUUGAAUUGGCCGCUGAUAUAUUUGUGUCGCCUGAGUCGCACUUGCACCGAACCUUUCAGUGGGAGUCCUUAUUGUUCAGCAUGUUUGAGUUUUCAGCCACCCACCGUUAACACUGAAUGCCUAGUUCAAGGAGAGUGUCACUAAUUCCAGCUUAAUUAGUCUCCUGUAGCCUCCAGUACUUGGUUACUUACUUCUACUGUAGCGCCUUUAGUUUGAAAUUAGGACCAGACAUUAGCGAGCACCUAUAUAAACCAAAUGUUUAAACUCAUUCUGGAGGGGGUAAAAUUCAUAUUGGAAGUCAUAUACGUAGCUUUACCUCAUAUUUUCGUACCAUUAUCUCGUUAAUUCAUUGAAAUAUUCAAUGUCCUAAAGUGCACAACCAGUAUUCAAGUCCGAAAUAUGGUGGAUGUAAAAAAGAAACAAAAAGCUUACCCCACAUGCCCACUUUCUCUCUGAAGCAUUCUCCCAUCUGCGCUUCAGAGGUGUGUUUGGUUUGUGUAGGUUAGCUGUUGUGGUCGUUCAUAACGUGUGUUUACUUUGAAUAAAAAAGUUCUGGCCAAUAUAGUCAUUCCAAGCAAACUGUUGUUCUCUUUCUUUUGCAGAGGAAACAUAAGAAAACAGAGAUUGAGAGCUUUUAUUAUAACAAAUGGAUGAAGUGGGUGGCGAUCACACAUUUUUUUUUUUUUUUUUUUAUGAACUUGUUGAUUUCUUUUCUUUUUUUAUCAAAAUGCUGGGAAUCUGUCAUUAGAAUACUUUGAUCAGCACUGUAGUAAGGGAUCAAAACAUUUUCCUGUAAAAAGUUGUUUCAAAGGGUUGUCUGGAUUUGUGUGUGUAUAUAUUCAUAAAUAUAUAUAUUUUAAAAUAUAAAUUUUCUUUUGAGAUUAUUUUAUUUUUGUUUUUCAUUCAACCACCAUAUUGUUUCCAAAUGUUUGAAUAAUUUUGAAAUUGAUGAAAGCUAAACUGGUUAAUUGGGAAUAAAUCUGAAUGAUUAAAUGUUUUUUUUUUCUCUCAUGAAUUGCAUGUUAUUUUGUUGUGCUACAGGUAUAAACAAAAACUUGAUUUUAAUAACUUAAGUGUAAUUUUUUCACUCCAAAUGCUAUUAAAGAGGCUGUGUCCCUUC